GUUAAUUAUCUAUAUAUUACUUCUGAUAAACAGUACUUGGCAGCUGCUGGCUAUAAUAAUAUUAAAUUAUAUAAUAUUAAAUUUAUUAAUUCUAAUCCGGUUAUGAUCUUUGAUGGCUAUAUAAAUAAUAUCACUAGUGUUGUGUUUCAGUAUAAGGAAAAGUAG